GGGGGAAAGCUGCGCCGAAGAAGAACGGCCCUUCUGCUGCGAAGAAGGUCGAGGAUGAUAGAGAAGAGACUCUGCAAGCUGUGGUAUGGAAUCAUUCUCGGUGACAUGGGCAACGGCCCUCGUAGGCUGACUUGUCUUUCUAGGUACUUGCAGAUUCGUUCGAGACCAGAUUCAAUCCUUUCACAACAGAGACUCCAAGAGUAAGCGAUUCUGGUCCUACUCUCUACAAUAGGGUGUGUGCGAGGACAUACAGUGGCUAAUAUAUCCCAGUGCCUCCUUCCACUGGCCAACACCCCCCUCAUCGAAUACACCCUCGAAUUCCUUGCCAUGUCAGGAGUGGCAGAUAUAUACAUCUACUGCGGCGCGCACACUGCAGAAGUAGAACGCUACAUCCAAGCCUCAAAAUGGCAUCCCUCAUCCGCCGCCUCGCCAUUUAACUCCCUAGAAAUCGUCAAGACGACCGCACGUUCCGUGGGAGAUGCAAUGCGGGAUCUCGACUCUCGGGACCUCAUUACGGGAGAUUUCUUGCUUGUGCACGGCGAUCUGGUCUCAAAUCUACCAAUUGAUGCUGCGCUCGCAGCUCAUAGAGCGAGGAGGAUCGCCGACAAGAAUGCGAUUAUGACGAUGAUACUACGAUCAGGAGGCCUGGAUACACAUCGUACAAAAUCGAAGGGCAUUACGCCUAUUUUUGUAGUAGAUCCUACAAAGAGCAGAUGUCUUCACUACGAGGAGAUGAACCCGUUACAAGCGAACAAGUAUGUCAAUAUUGACCCGGAAUUGCUGUCCGACCACCACGAACUCGAGAUCAGGACUGAUCUGAUCGAUUGUGGGAUCGAUAUCUGCACGCCUGAUGUGCUAGCGCUAUGGGCUGAGUCCUUCGAUUACGAGGUCCCCAGAAGGCACUUCUUACAUGGCGUGCUGAAGGAUUAUGAGCUGAAUGGAAAGACGAUACAUACGGAGGUUGUGGAGGAGCACUACGCUGCGCGAGUUUUUAACUUGCAAUCGUAUGAGGCCGUGAGUAAGGAUGUGUUAGGGAGAUGGACAUAUCCUUUGGUUCCCGACAGCAAUCUUCUCGCGGACCAGAGCUACAGUUUUGAGCGCGGUGGACUUUGCAAAGAGAAUGGUGUGAUUUUGGCCAGGACAUGCAAAGUGGGAAAACGAACCGUGAUUGGGAAAGAUACGAGCAUUGGGGAUGGAAGUGUCGUUUCCAAUAGUAUCAUCGGGCGGCGAUGCCAUAUUGGGAAGAACGUCACCAUUCACAACACCUACAUCUGGGAUGAUGUGGUGAUAGGCGAUGGUUCGACAGUCGAAAGAGCAAUCGUUGCCAGCGAAGCCUCAAUUGGACGGAGUUGCAAGGUCCAGCCAGGAGCACUCAUCUCAUACCGUGUGCGGAUAGCAGACAACCAAGGAGUGAAAGAGAACUCACGGAUCACCUGCGCGAAGAGGAAAUCAGACGACUACGCAGAAGACUCACCUCUCGUAUCAGUACCAACCGACACAGCAAUAGUAGGCGAAGGCGGCUCCGGCUACGGCUUUGACGACGACUCAGACGCUGAAGACGAAGCUACGGUCUUCCACAACAGCCUCAUCUACAGCACUUCCCACCUCAAUAUCUCAAGCGAGUCCAUAUCCACGAUCUCCUCGUCCAUCAGCGCCGCCUCGCCCCACGAAGGCCGUUCCCGACACUCCAGCUUCGCAGGCAGCAUCUCCGAAGAUGGCGACGGUAAUCCUUCCUCGAACGAGAAUUUCCACCACGAUGCCGUAGCAGGACUUCUCGAUGCCCUGAAAGAAGGCGGGGACUUCGGUGCUGCCAGGUUAGAGUUUAUGGGGCUCAGACUGGGCAAUGACGCGACGGAUCACCAGAUGCGUAGAGCCAUCGCAGUUGCCUUCACCAAGCGCAUCACACAACUCGUCGAAGGUCAAAAAAUGGAAGCUAGCAAAGCGGCCUCCCUCGCCUUUUCUUCGCCUGGAGCAGAAUCCUUCCUCAAAGAAGUCGCUGUGGGAUCUGACAAGAAAGAAGACGAUCAAGUUGACUUUAUAGGCUGCUUGCAGAAAGACCUGGUGCAUCGGAAUAACGGGGCUGUGAUACUCGCUGCUGUCAGUCAGAAACUGUAUCAGUUGGAGGUCCUCGAGGAAGAGGCGUUCUUGAGGUGGUGGGAAGAGAGUGAGGACUUAGGAGAGGCGGAAGAUAAGGAGAUGAAGAGGGUUAGGGAAAAGACGGGAGUCUUUGUGGAGUGGCUGAAGAGCGCGGAGAGCGAAGAGGAGAGUGAUGAGGAGAGUGGGAGUGGGGAGGAGAGUGAUUAGAUUAGACAUAUCUAUUGUAGAGUUUUUUGAGAAGUGUAGAUGAGAAAAUGUGGCCUGAUGGAAAAUCGGUGAUUUAAUCAAAUGCCAUACUUUUUCCGGAUCCC